AUGCCGUCCAUGUGUCUCACUUCAAACACGGGCGCGUUCCUGUUGGCCAGGCUGCACCCCAAGCAGCCUCCUGGGCUUGCUGAUUCCGCCCUGCCUCGUGCCCCUGCCCGGUGGCCCGAAUCUUUGCUUCACUCUGCGCCAUCUCGAUAUGGCUGGAAGGGGCUGCAUGCGGGAGGCGGCCUCCAGCAGAGGCCCCCUGCACCCCCCCCUGCACCCGGGCCUGGGAAGCAUGUGUGGCUGGCGGCCCUGGUGGAGCGGCGUGGGGUGGGGGAGGGCGUGGAAACCGGAGAGAGGGGAAGGACCCAGCCCGCUCCGCUCGAAGCGGCGCCCCGGGAUUCCUGCACUGAGGCCACCCUGGGCUGGCCCCUGGGCUCCUCUCCUCCAGCCCAGGUCCAGCCUACCCUGGGCCAUGCGGUGAAAGAGGGGCUGAAGUGGGCAGAAGGCCCUUGGAGGGUGCCCUCGGGUCACUUCACAGCAGCUGUGCCCCAGGGCCUUCUUCGGAUCCAUCACUGGGGUGUCCCCGCCCCAGAAGGGCUGGGCCCCGUCCCCCUGCAAUGUCCCGGUGGGAGCUGGCUGGGCAGCCACUGUCCUCCUCUGGAAGAACCAGGUCAUCCGGAAAGCGGGCGGAUGACGAGGAAUGGCCGGUGCAGACCCCACAACGCAUCCCUGCGCCUCGGGACUUGUUGCUCUAACUGUAGAACUGGGCGGAUAAAGACCUGA